CCUUCUCGUGUCUAUUGGCGCCGGUUUACUUAUUGUGUCUACCUGUACUUGUCUACUUGAUCGGAUGAGUCCAUUUCGUAUGAAGAUGAACCAGCAACCAUGGACAUUUUUAAACGUUCUAUGGUACUUGUAUGGUGCACUCAUCGGGCGAGGAGGUGGCAGUUUUCAGGGGACACAGGUGACGAAGAUAGUUGUUGGAAGUUGGUGGAUUUUCUGUGUGGUGUUGAUCGCCACGUACACAGGUAAUCUAGUGGCUUUCCUCACCGUCACUAAGGACGCCCUCCCCUUCCAAGGUGUGGAGGGAAUGAUCAAGCAAGACGUUUACACGUGGGGCGUCGUCGGGGGCACGUCAUGGGUCACCAUGUUCCAGUUAUCCUCACUUCCGGUUUUUAAGGCAGUGUAUGAAGGGAUGGUUCGUUUCAACAGGACAGACCCAGAUGUUCUUAGCCUGGACCAGAAAGUACAUAUUGACAAGGUUCUGCGCGGUAACUACGUCCAUAUUGGAGACAGAAGCCAGAUACAAGUAAAGACGGCAAACGAAUGUUCUCUGUUUACCGGAUCAGCAGAGAUCCAACCGGUACAAUACAGCUUCGGACUGCCUAACGGGUCACCUUUAACUGACCUCUUCAGUCAAAAAAUAAUGGCAAUGCAUGAAAAUGGACUGAUAUCCUUUUGGAAGCGGAGGCGUUGGCCAAAGAGAGACUUCUGUCCUGGAAUAUUACAGGCUUACACUAAAGUUAUCUCCCUUGCCGAUAUACAGAGUGCGUUCUAUCUGUUAGGAGUGGGAUUCGUUCUCGCGUUUGUGAGCAUUAUGUUUGAAGUAACUUUAUAUGUGGUGAAGGUUUGAGGAAUAAAAGAAGAGCAUAACCAGAUUGCGGGUUGAAAAUACAAAUUGGCAUCUUUAAUAUGGAACACGUUAGGAACAAAAUAUCACAGACUGAAACGUCCGUGUAUAUAUUUUUAAUACGUUGUCAUUGCAGUAAAGUUUUCGAAUAUACAAAGUUAUCCCAAUGCAAAUAUAAAUCAAAAUCCAAACAUUUUCAGUAGUUAGAACUUGUCGU